AUGUUGGCACUGGUUCUCUCCGGCUUCUUUGCACUUAGUCAAGCUGCUCCCGCCAAAACUCUUGUCAAAUAUAGUAAUGAGCCGUCGGACAUGCCUGCCAACCUGUGGCGCGACUUGAAGACUGCUAAAGCCUUCGCUAAGCAGGUAACUGGCCCUCCCGAGAUCCUCGCUAACUGGACUGCAUCGGGCGACGAUUUGUGUUCGUGGGAGGGUUUUUACUGCUACCCCAACCCCGACAACAACAUCUUGUCUCUCGCUGCCAUUGAUUUUAAUGAAUUUUACCUGAGUGGCAAACUCAGAUUGACUGGCUUUCUCGACAAGUUUCCCGAUCUUUCCCUCUUCCAUGCCAAUACCAACAAUUUCAGCGGCCAAGUACCCGAUAUCAGCCAGAUGCACUAUCUGUUUGAGAUCGACUUGAGCAACAAUCAAUUCUCUGGACCUUUUCCCCAGAAUUUACUCAGGGCUAACCAGUUAACUUUCCUCGAUCUCCGCUACAACAAGUUCAGCGGUCCUAUCCCUGGAAAUGUCUUCACUGCCUACCCUGAUCUCGAUGCCCUCUUCUUCAACGACAACAAGUUCUCGGGCCAAAUACCCAAUGAGAUUGGCGCUUUCCCCGGCAGUUACAUUGUUCUUGCGAACAAUCACCUCUCAGGUCCCAUUCCUGAUACCCUGGGCAAUGCUGGAAGCCUCCUGGAGUUUAUGGCUUCUGGGAACAAGUUGUUCGGCUCUAUCCCUGGUUCCAUCGGUUCCAUCGCCAACCUCACCCUCUUCGAUGUCUCCAACAAUAAACUGACUGGCACUAUUCCUGAGACGCUCUGUGCCAGCAAGUCUCUCCAGGUCCUUAAUGUGACUGGUAACAGACUUUCCAAUGACCUUGGUCCCAUUUGCCAGGCGUCGAAGGCCAAUGGCAUUUUGCUGAUGUAG